UCGAGUCUCUCGACGGUGCGUAUCGUCCGUAGCACGGUGCGGCCCGCCGCUGCACGCUGACAAACGGCACUUCUCUCCACCUGGCCCAAUCGCAGUUCACUAUCAGCCCGUAUGGCUCUGUUCCUGGAACUCCUUCUGCUCGCCUUCGUGUUAGCUGCUGGCCUAUGGUUUCUUAGUUCCCGCAGAGAUGCACGGCUACCACCUGGCCCAAAGGGCAGGCCUGUCCUGGGUUACUACGGCAAGAUCCCCAGCGCGAGCCCGUGGCACUUCUUCCGCGAGUUGGGCAGUCAAUAUGGCGAGAUAUCGAGCAUACGCGUACUGGGCCACCCCGUGAUUAUAUUCAACGCGUUCGACCCCGCCGACGCGCUCUUCAACAAGCGCUCGACCCGCUAUGCCUUCAAGCCGCGCCGGAGAAUGGGCGAGCUCUCGGGCCUGGUCGCGACGCUGCCGUUCAUGGACCCAGGCCCGACAUUCACUCAUGCGCGCAAGAUGUUCCGUCAAGAGCUAAACACACGCAGUCUCAACCCGUACCACGCCGACGUCGAGCACGCUGCCCUCAAGCUCGCCAGUGCUCUAGCCACGAAUGUCGACGCGCGGAGUUUCGAGCAAACCAUCGACAGGAAUCUUGGUUCACUUUUCAUGAAGGUGUCAUGCGGGCACGUUGUAGAAGGCGACGAUGAUACGGUUCUGCGGCCGAUCAAGCAUCUCGCAGAAUUCGCGGCGAACAUCCUCGGCGGGUCGUAUGUCAUCAUUGACCGAUUGCCAUUCCUGUGUUAUUUACCCAGCUGGGCGCCCGGAACGACCCUCCUCAGGCUCGCCGACUACUGGCGGGGCCGUCUCUGGCAGAUCGCGGACAGCACUGCGGAUCUCGUCCGAACAGACCUGACCUCGGGCUCACAGAGCACGUCGUGCAUGGGCAACCUCUACGGAAACCCACGUAGCGGCUUGGACCUCGACGCGGCACAAUUCAAGUUCAUCGCCGUGACCAUGUCCGCAGGCGGUAUGCUGCCGCUCAUCUCCUCUUCGCUCGGCUUCCUUCACGCGAUGGCGCGCUUCCCCGAGGCACAGAAACGCGCACAGGCGGAGCUCGACCGCGUCCUCGGCGGCGCGCGCCUCCCCACGCUUGCGGACCGCCCCGCGCUGCCGUACAUCUGCGCGCUCAUCCUCGAGCUGUAUCGGUGGGCGCCCAUCGCACCGCUCAUCGCGAGGCGGACACUGGAAGACGACGAGCUCGCUGGGUAUAGGAUUCCGAAGGGGGCGACGAUCGUCGCGAACAAUUGGGCGAUCUCGCGCGACCCUGUGCGGUACGAAGAUCCGCAGGUCUUCCGCCCGGAACGCUUCCUUCCGCUUUUUGACUCGGAGAACAAUGACGGGGCCGAUGCUGCGAAGAGGAAGCAAGACAUCCUGGAUCCGCGCUCGUACACAUUCGGUUACGGUCGGAGAAUAUGCCCCGGGCUCGACUUCGCCGAAGUGAUCCUCUUCGCGAACAUCGCACACAUCCUCACCGUGUUCGACGUUGUACCCACAGGCGACCCGCCGAGGCUCACCUCCGACGGAGACGUAGAGCUGACAACCGUUGGGGCUGCUGCACGGGUUGCGAGCUUGCCGUGCAAGCUGCGUCCCCGCUCCGCAGACUCGCUCGCGCUGCUUGUGGACACUGCUAACGCGUAAUGUCCAUGUCGGGAUGUCAUUCACCAUGAUGGAAGCUGUCUGCAUGAAGCGGUGACGAGAAUUUGGAACUCACGCUUGAAGCAUCUGCAUGGCCUUUGCUCGUCGUUCUUUGUGGUCCUCGCCCCCUACUAAACUCAUAUAUGAUGUGAUGGCUUCAUAAGAUGACUGGCACUCCUUUCCGCCCGCUAAUAAGCAUGUCCAUCCGCCCGUAGUCCGUAGUGGAACUCUACGCCCAAGCGUACAUUUACUUCAACUCGUCAGCCUUUGAGGAGGCUUGAUUUCCUUUCUGGGACUGUCUUGGCAGAGGCCCCAGAAUAUAAGGUGGGCACACUGUCCUUUCCCACUUCUGACUUGCAUGUAGGUUCUGUUC